UAAUUAAUCUCGGGGCCAAGCCAGAACUGGAGCUAAAAGAGUGCAGGUGGUGCAUAAAUAAGCGAUCGAUGGCCCUUCAGUCCACUGGGUGAUUGGAUCAGUGAUCGGCUCUGUGAUUGGCUGCCCGCCACGUCACUCGGGAUGCUGCGCGAGCCGAGGACGAAUCGCAGAGUGCGCAAAGCAUCGGAUGCAGUCAUUGUCCAACGUUCCCUGCCGGACUAGCCAUCGCUUCGGAUCCGACGUCGAGCGCGUUUAUGGAUUCCAUCGUGUGGUGGUGACUCCCAGGCCGCCUCUCCGUGUUUUUUGGCACCCCUCACCCCAGCCGAAGCGUCACUUCCCACCUCCGCGGCUCUCUUCUCCUCCUGCGCGGCCAUGGGCACCGUCCUCUCCAUCUCCCCCGCCACCAAGAAGGCCAUGGACGCCGACGACGGCACCAAGGGCGACAAAAGCCUCAAGCGGCCCUCCAUGUUCGUGUCGCUGUCGUGGAAGAAGCUGGUGGCCAGUUCGGCUAAGAAGAAGGUGACCCCCAACCCCAACCCGCCGUGCGCUCUGCAGGUGGCCCAGCGCAACAGCGAGAACCUCCGGAAAACGCUGCAAAGCGAGGAGCGCAAACCGCGAGCGCCUAUCCCAGUCCCGGUGCCCACGGUGCCCACGCAGAGCGACAACCGCAAGCAACCGCAAGCGCAGGCGGUGCACAAGCAAGUCGGCAGCCCGUCCGCGGUGUCCCCGAGGCGGAUCGUGAUCCAGGCUUCCACGGGAGAGCUGCUGCGCUGCUUGGGGGACUUCGUGUGCCGCCGAUGCUACAAGUUGAAGGAGCUGAACAGCGGGGAGGUGAUCCUGUGGUUCCGAAACAUCGACCGGACACUGUUGCUGCAAGGCUGGCAGGACCAGGGCUUCAUCACGCCGGCCAACGUGGUGUUCGUGUAUCUGCUGUGCGAGGACACGUUGAGCGAGAGUCUGGCCAGCCCGGCCGAGCUGCAGGGCGCCUUCCAGACCUGCUUGUACCUGGCCUACUCGUACAUGGGCAACGAGAUCUCGUACCCGCUCAAGCCCUUCAUGACGGAGGCCAACAAGGACGUGUUCUGGGACACGUCGCUGAGCGUCAUCGAGCGGCUCAGCGGCAAAAUGCUGCAGCUCAACGCGGACCCGCACUUCUUCACCGAGAUUUUCCAGGAGCUCAAGAGCCAGCGGGACUCCAGCGAGGCAAACCUGGACCGCUGACGUGCACCGCGGGUCGCACUUGGCGGACACAAAUGCAAAAAGAAAAAAGAAAAGAAAAAUAAACGAGUGAAAAUCAGCGAAGAGCGGCUUUGAAUGUAAAAGGCCAAUCCUGGAGGCUGGAUAUUGCGAAGAUAUCAAUGCGGCGUUAAUGUCUUUAUAGACAUCUGGAGAAUUGACUACUCAUGCAUGCCAUCGAUGAUGUAUCGUCCUCCCUUUCUUCCUGUUUUUUUUUUUUUAAUGCAAAUUUCAUUCAUGAUUAGCCCGCUUGCAGGCGCAGAGAGUGCUCGAGGAUCAGGAGGGAAGUGCUUGUGGUUAAGUGCGCAUUCAGAGUGAGCUGUCCAAGGUGCUGACCUGUGAAGUAUUUUUUUUUUUUUCUACGGUGGUGCCUUGAGAUACAAAUCAGCAUGUCCCAUUUGAAUGAACGAAAAUGCAAAUGCAAUUUAAUAUAUUCUUAAUGAUAAAAAUAUCCCUGUAUAAUAAUCUUACUGUCAACAAAUAGUAUCAAUGAAAUACAACGUAAAGAAUUAAACAGGAUAUUAGUUCCUUCUAGCGUGUAGACAAACUGCAUAGAUAUGUAUACUUUCACAACUGUGACUCAGUAAAAUACAGUAAAAUUAGUUGUAUUUUAAAGAGGAUACAUUUAUACUUUUAAGUAUUGUGAUUAUUAUGUCUACAUGUGUUGCUCCACCAUUUGUGUUUGAAUUUUGUUCAAUUAAUGAUAAUAUUAUUAAAAUUACUAAACGGUUCCACCGGUGCGACUGUCAAUGGCAAAUGUUAGCCCAUCAACGGCGCUUUUCCAUAUGUGUUAGCAUUAAGCUUGCAGGGGGUCUUCAUCCGGGAAAGUUGUUUUGUUAGUUAAAGUACAAGUUUAAUAUUUAUUGUUUUGUGUUUCGUUUGACAAUAACGUUCAACAUUCAUUUGAAGUUUGCACUUGCAGGUCAAAGCGACAACAACAAAAAAUAGUAUCUCAAGGCACCGCAGUAUUUGGAGCUACACAACACAGUCACUAAGGCGGAGACUUCUAAAUCGAGUUAGCUACUACUGAGCAGAGGACGCGUUUUAAAUUAUUCUCAGCCCGCUGACUGGGGACAAUACACAUACUGAUAUUUACACUUGUAAAAAUGUUAAAGGACAAACUGCUGCAUGGCUAUUAUCAUAUUUGGUAGACAUUUGUAUGAUUUGAAUUUAAAUGACGCUUAAGGUUAAUCCACAAAAGGGGAUACAGUAGUUUAAUCCGUACAAGGUGAGCAAGGUCAUCUUCCUAUUGGUCGAAUAUGUAUCGCAGCUGAUUGUAUUUGUGUGUGUGAAUACCGUGGUGCCUUGAGAUAAGACUUUGAUUUGUUUUGGGUUUUUUUUUUUUUUUUUUUUGGUCUGAAUGUAAACCUGCACUUUAAAGAAUUGUUCUGUAUAAAACACUUGAGGGGCGUUUGCUGUGCACAUAACUCGCAAACACGACUGCACCUAAUGCUUUGUCCUUCCUUACUCUUUUUUGGCGGGAUUUGGUGGCUGGGUCCGAUGAAGCUUGCUUCUGCCAUCUACCAGUGGCAGGUCUCGGGCUUCGAAUCUCAAGAUGACAAAUUUGUCCAAUGGUCCAAGUUGAGGGCAGUCAUUUCUCAAGGCACCACUGUAUUUCGGGGAAUGUAUUUUGGGGUUUGCCAAGAAAAUACUUGGACAAUCUCGUAUGUGCCAACCGUUUCAUUGUCUUUGCCUGCUACAAUACGGUUUACAUCAUAAUUUGCAUUUUUGUUAUUUUAUUUGUGGGCCAAGCAUUUUAAGAACAAACAAUACUCUUUUUUUUUUUAGACGGAUGAUAUGUAAAUAGUGAAUGUGAGUCCUGUAUCAUUUGCACAUUUGUGUCAGUUUAUAUGAACUAAAGUAUGACAUGCCUCAGAAAGCAACUUUAUACUGUACAUGGACAACAAAUCUCGGUAUCUUUAGUUAUGUUGUACGGUCAUCAUCGUUUGUACGAUGUUGUGUUGUGGAAUGUCACGCCGCCAUUUUUUUGCACACCCGUGAACAAACUGAAUGUUUUGCACACGUGACUCAUGAUCAUUGACAAAGAACUCCUCCCGGACGCUGGAUUAUUUGCCAUUAAUUUAUUGAAAUUUGCAGCUACGAAUUAAGGACUAUCACCUGUGAACUUCAUAUUUUGUACAGCUCGUUUUCUUAUCGGACUGGAAAGUGUUAUUUAAUGUGCCGUUUGACCGGUGUGUUCAACACUCUUAUCGCGCCACAAUUCGUUCUCGCUACAUGUUUAAGCAGUAAAUGGUCAGUGCAGUUUAUUGUUUAUGGUUACC